AUGCUGGACAUCUUCAUUGCAAUUGCCUGGGCUGCGGCCAUGUCAUCUGCCAUAACUGGCGCUGCGGGCCUUUCAUUGCGCGCCUCGCGUCAAGCCGCCUCAGCGCGUUUCGUUAUCUUUUGCAUCUCGACUUCGUCACUACUAGCAUCGGUCCACGCCCAACGAAACUAUUCAUCGCAUACGUCUCGCGCAUCCUCGCUCUAUGCACCGCAAACAUGUCCAUUGAACCGCGACUCCUCGCCUGCCGAGAUUGGCUUGCGGUCGUUUCACUCCUCGUCGCAUAACUGGCAGAGCACGCCGCAAUUCACAUACCACGUUGCCUCAUCGUACUCCGCCAAACAAGACAAAUUCAACGCCGCCAGGAAUAUAUACACGAACGAGAUCUAUGACCCCAGCAAGAGCGAGGUGACAGACCUCAGGAAGUGCAAGAGCGCAAAAGCAAAGCGCACGCGCGCAAAGAGUGGCCAGGAUGCCUUCUUCUUCAGCCAAGUCGGAACCACAAAGAGCACUACAUUUGGUGUAGCAGACGGGGUGGGCGGCUGGGUCGAGUCCGGCAUCGACCCCGCCGAUUUCUCCCACGGCCUGUGCGAGUACAUGGCGUGCGCAGCGCGCAUGUGGGCACCCAAGUCCAAUACCUCUUCCACCCUGCACCCGCAGAGUCUGCUCCAGGUUGGCUACGAGCACGUCAUAGACGACGAAAGCAUUGUCGGUGGUGGGAGCACCGCAUGUCUGGCUGUCGCAGAGCCGGACGGCCAUGUGGAAGUGGCCAAUCUUGGAGAUUCUGGCUUCAUGCACUUAGGCUUGAAUGCCGUACGACAUUUUACGGAACCUCAGACGCACGGCUUCAACACGCCGUAUCAGCUUUCCAAGACUCCACAGCGCAUGCUCGUACAGAUGGCUGUGUUUGGCGGGCCUAGCACGUUGUCAGACCUUCCGAAGGUGGCGAGUGUAACGAACCACCGUGUGCGCCACGGAGACGUGCUGGUGUUCGCCACGGAUGGGGUCUGGGAUAAUCUUAGCCCCCAGGAUGUCCUUGGCAUAGUGAGCCGCAACAUGGUGGAUAUUGGGGCGUGGGUGGAGAAUGACGGUGUCAUGGAAGUUGGAAGCGAGCUGCGCAGCUUGGUGCAGGCUGGUAAAGAUGGAAAAGCAGGACCCACUUCAUUGCAAGCGAGGUUAGCCACCGCCAUUGCGAAAGAAGCAAAAGAGACGGGCUUGAAUCAGCGACGAGAUGGACCCUUCGCGAAGGAGGUGCAGAAACAUUUCCCAGGCGAGGCGUGGCACGGUGGAAAGCCAGAUGAUAUAGCCGCUUUGAUUGCAUUAGUCGUGGAAGAGCCGAAACAGUAA